CCAAUGGUACGAGCGAAGAACACCAACAACAUUGGCGAGACGUCAUUGCGGAACGUCGUCACCGCUCCGGAACGGGAAGCCCCGAAGGAUAUGUUCCGCAUUGGUCGAAGAUCAGCUGUCAGUACGUCCGAGCUUGGCUUAUAUUCCGAUCAUAGCGACAAUUACAGCCGGAGCAUCUACGGGGCCGCUGUUCGCAAAUUUAUUAUUGGAAUUAUGGUGGUGGUGUCGGUAAUACUGAUUGGUAUAUUUUUAUACGACUUUGCGUCGACUGCAUCGAUCAAUAGCAAAGUUAACCAGGAAACGAAGCACAUUUACAUUCUGCAGAAUAGCUUAAAAAAAGCAAAUAAUGGUACAUUGAGAAAAUCAGGUGUUACUCUCGCCCCGACAAUAUACAUUGUCAACAGCAGUCAUGCGAGCAUCCUCGAAGAUCGUUUAGACGACGAUCAUAAUUUGGUUUAUAAGGACAUUGAAUCGUUGAGGUCUCGCUCGGAGAAUCUGACAGUCGAUGAUCUAAAGCCAAGAUCACCGAAUUUGCUGAGCAUCAAGAUCCCCAAUGGAAAAUUAGAUCGGUUGCAAUAUAGAAACGAGGCGUCAAGGAAUCAGCAGGACCAAGGAACGAUCGACAAUCAUGCCAUGAUGUAUCGUGUUAGUAGAAGCAAGCUACCUUACUCCGAGGAAGAUAAAGCAAAAAGUAAUAACGACUAUAAUCAGCGAGCAACUCCAUUCCAAUUCGAAAUGAAAGGUUCGCCUCCCGCAUCCUUAAAACGUCAGAAAUAUCCUCAAUUGACUCAAUACCGAUAUCCACAUACCUCACGAAAUAUUCAAGAUAUCAUUAAAUACCUUACAAGUGAGUCCAAUACACUCAAUCGAGGCGUGAAGUUCACAGGACACUAUGUUGGUUCAAAAAAGUACGAUAUCGAUAGUGGUCAUGCGAAUGACUAUGGUGAAAGCACAAUGAGAGACGGAGCAACGAACGAUCAGAGAAGUCUUACUUACAUGUCCGAUCCUCUUUAUAAAUAUAAACCAAAAUAUCCAUCAGAUGUGAACCUUUUGGCAACAUCAAAUUUGCGAUUUUCACCAAUGGACACAUAUACGUACAAACCAUAUUACGACCCUAAUCAUCAUCGGCUAACUUCAAACAAGCAGCCCAUUUAUCAUGAAACACAAUAUGAUAAUAGCGGCUUGUACACGGUCAAUAGUUACGUAAAAAAACAAAAACCGAAGCCAUUCAGUGUAAUGUUGGAUAUCUAUCCGAUUACUGAUACAAUGGAGCAAACGAAAAAUUCCGCUUCCAAUGGAAAAUAUUCAGAAUUACAUGGAACGCACUCGCAAUCGUCAUAUCCAAUAUCCAUGCAAAAUGAACAACAUCGAGUACCGGCAGACGAGGAAAAACAUCAAAUGAUUCUACAUUUAAAUCUGUAUCCGAAAAAGAAAAUUAAAGCAACCAGAAACAGUGCUAUAGAAAGAUCAGAAAGAUUUCCAAGAGACGGCGGUAAGCGACCGUUCGAGAAGAUCAUGAUUCCUUUAGAUAUGAUAACUAAGAGAUUAACGGACAAUGUGGCUAUUGAAAAUGCUAAAUUAUAUGAAAAUAAAGAUAUUAUAGAACCCCUGGAGUUGCGUUACGAAGAAACAUUGUUACAAGAAGCACAAUCAAUAACAGAAAUGCAGAAGCCUAAAAGUAAUAUAAUUAUUGGAGCUUCGACAAUUCGUGGUUGCAGAAGCGAUUGUAAUGUUUCAAAUACUACUGCAUUAUUAGUAAAAAAUUCUGUAAAUGAAAUCUCAAAUUUAACGAAUGAGAAUUCUCCGACUUUCAGAAAUAUCAAUACUGUCGACGGAUUACAAAGAUUCGCGAAUAGUUUGAUUGCAAUUGAUUAAAUAUAGUUAAAUAUUAAUGGUUUGUCUAUCUUGUUAAGUCACGUGCACUUAUUGUUAAAUCAUUUAUAAAUAAAAACAAAUAAAAAUUGGCUGAAAAAUAAACACUAGAAAUAAUGAUGUUUACGUGGUGAAUAGAAUUUGUAGGAAACAGAAAAAGUUGCG